AUGGCUUCGGUAAAAGUGGCUGUAAGGGUUCGCCCAUUCAAUCAAAGAGAAAAGGACAUGAACGCCAAGUUGAUUGUCCAGAUGGAAGGGAAGAAGACAAGACUGCUCACAGUAAAAAAUAGCAAAGAUCAGAAUGAGGGCAGCCGGGAGAAGUCGAAGGACUUCACGUUUGACCACUCGUAUUGGUCGUACGACGCCGGCGACGCGCACUACGCUUCACAGGAACAGGUGUUCUCUGACCUGGGCCUGGAUGUGAUAGACAGCGCGUUCGAGGGCUACAACGCAUGCGUGUUCGCGUACGGACAGACGGGCAGCGGGAAGACCUUCACUAUGAUGGGAUCCCCAGAAUGCCAAGGCCUGAUCCCCCGGAUAUGCAGACAGCUGUUCUCCCGGGUAGCAGCAGGCAAGGAGUCGGGCUCCUCCUACAGGACGGAGGUGAGCUACUUGGAGAUCUACAACGAGAGGGUCAAGGACCUGCUGGCGACAGACGCUGGUCACUCGUUGAGAGUCCGCGAGCAUCCGAAGCUGGGACCGUACGUGCAGGAUCUGUCCAAACAUCUGGUCUCCGACUAUGAUGAUAUACAGGAAUGCAUGCAUCGCGGCAACCUGCACCGGACGACAGCGUCGACACAGAUGAACGAUGUGUCGUCUCGCUCGCACGCCAUAUUCACCAUCACGUUCGUGCAGGCCAGCUACUUGCGGCACAACAACAUGCCGUCAGAGACCGUCUCCAAGGUGCACCUCGUCGACUUGGCUGGCAGCGAGCGAGCAGACGCCACAGGCGCGACUGGCCAGCGGCUAGUGGAAGGUGCUCACAUCAACAAGUCGCUGGUGACCCUGGGGUCCGUCAUAUCCGCCCUCGCCGAGUCCAGCCAACAACCCAUUGAUGUUCGACAACAGAAGGGCGUAAAGAAAAACGUAUUCAUUCCGUACAGAGACUCCGUGUUAACUUGGCUACUGAAGGACUCUUUAGGUGGCAACUCUAAAACGAUUAUGAUCGCUGCGAUCUCCCCAGCGGAUUGCAACUACGGCGAAACACUGUCCACCCUGCGUUACGCCAACCGCGCUAAGAACAUCAUCAACAAGCCCACCAUCAACGAGGAUCCCAACGUCAAGCUCAUCAGAGAACUGCGCGAGGAGAUUGACAAGCUGCGCGCGCAGAUUGCGCACAAUACUGACCCAGUACAAACAGAACCAGGGGUGCUCGCGACGCUCCAACGCAAAGAAGCCCAAGAGAAAGUCCUCACUGAGAAGUGGACGGAGAAAUGGCGGGAGACGCAGCAGAUAUUGCAAGAACAGAAGGCUCUGGGGCUGAGGAAGAGUGGGCUUGGAGUGGUGUUGGACUCUGAUAUGCCGCAUCUAGUUGGCAUUGACGACAAUCUGCUGUCCACUGGAGUCACGCUCUAUCAUCUUAAGGAAGGCGAGACAGUGAUCGGCAGCGAGGAGUACUCCCCGACUCCGGACAUUGUGCUGACGGGCGCCGGCGUGCUCCCCCUGCACUGCCGCGUGUCCCUCCGCGAGGGGGUGGCCACCGUGCACCCCGCGCCCGCCGCGCAGUGCUGGCUCAACACCGUGCUCAUUGACAAGCCCGCUAAACUCAGCCAAGGUUGCAUUCUGCUGCUGGGGCGCACCAACAUGUUCCGGUACAACGACCCCGCGGAGGCCGCCAAGCUACGCCAAGAGGGCGCCUCUGUCAUGAACCUCUCGCGCCUCUCGCUGCUGUCCUGGUCCACCACCGACCUCGCUGCUAGCACUGAGAACCUCAACACUACUCUGAGUGACUUAGAAAGUGAGAUCCGCUGCGACCACCGCAUCGAGGCGCAGCGCGCGGAGUUAGAGCGAGAGAGACAGCAGUUCCUCUUACAACAGGAGGAGAGACAGAGACGGUGGAACGCCGAGAGAGAGGAGUUGCUGCAGGCGCAGAGGGAGUUGGAUCAGGAGCGCGAGGCCAUGGAGCGCGAGUACGCGGCGGCGUGCCGGCGGCUGUCGGGCGACUGGCGCGCGCUGGAGAAGGGCUGGGCGCUGCGCCGCCGCGCGCUGCGCCACCGCCAGAAGGAGCUGGCCGCCCGCACGCAGCGGCUGGCUGCGCUCAGGGACACGCACCGCACCUGUGCGGAGAACGAGGAAUGCCACGCCGCGGCCUUGCGGACAGAGAUAGAGGACAAGAGGACUCAGCUGGAGGAGUUCGUGCGAGGGAAGGUGCAGGAGCUGCGAGAGAGGGGGUACACGCUGCCUGAGGCGUUGACCUCCAGCCCAGACAGUACGUCAUCAGAGACCUCGACGGAGUGCCUGAUGCACCUGCUGCAGCAGUGUGACCCCAAGACCGCUACCAGCAUCAAGGAUACCGUCGAGAGACAUAAAAAGGAGCUGGUAGAGAUAGAAGACGAGCUACAGAGUCGCGUGGCAUCAGUAGCGACGCACCGCGCCAAGAUUGAACGUCUGCAGAGCGAGCUGGCGCUACUAGGGGCACAGGACCUCGGUCUCAGGCAUGCGUUAGCGUCUGACCUCUCGCCUACCUCUAAAGGUGAAAAUGGCACAGUUGAAGGCGUGAAGCGCAGCAAGUCGGAGCUGGUGCUGCGUCGUACUCCUCGGGAAGAAGUGUUGGAGCCGCUGUCUGCUGAUGAGAGGGAAGAGUUCCGGAAUAAGAGGAUGAGUCUAAGCCUCAGCCUGGAUCCUCUGGACUCCCCAUCAACCCUCCCUUCAGAAACGUUCCACACAGCGACGUCGUCCCCGCCGGCGUUCCCUUCGGAGUCUGACCUUCCGACACCGUCCACUGAGGCCACGGAUCCGCCGCCGCUGCCGCAGUUUAGACUUGGACCCGUGCCAGAUGACAGCGAUGACAUGUCCAGCACAGAAGAUUAUCAUAAGCCCCGGAUAGUGGAAGGUCAGUCGUCGAGCUCGAUGGAGAGGUCUCCGGAGGAGCGGCAUCAGCGAGCCAAGUACAGGAGGCGGAUAGCAGCCGACAGCAAAGGCCGGCGGCAAGUGACUGAAGCGGAGGCGCUACGAGCGAUGCAGCGGCUGUGCUCGCGGAUAGCAGCGCAGAAGAUGCUGGUCAUCUCAUCACUCGAGAACGACUGCUCGAAGGAGGAGCUCAACCGACAGAUUGCGGUCCUACAAGAACUCCAAAAGAAGUACGUCCGUCUCGAGAUGGCCUUGCAAUACUCGUUCUUCGACAACGGCAACCGCCGCAACAUGAUGGUCACGCCCAUCCAGGAGACGCCGUCGCUCACGCUGUCCGAGAGCGACAUGCAGCUCACCAGCGAGCCGGCCGUAGACCACCAAGACCCGCUCAUCAACAGGUUAAAGGAGCAGGAGAUCGAGGCAUCGGACAACGUGUCGACGUCCAACGACGAGCUUCCCCAAGAGUGUCCAGAGUGGGAAGACCCUCUGACACGCUACUCCACCGACUUGCAAACGCAGCACCAUCACUUGGACAGGCCCGCGCAGAUCAUCCCCGUGCCGCUAGAGGAUCCAAUAUCGCCUGGAUUGACGCAUCCAAUCGAUUUUGACGAAGUGGUGAGCAUCCCGGGCUGGGUGACGCGGGGCGCGGGCGCGGGCACGCACCACGAGUACGAGGUGCGCAUCUGUCUGGGGUCGGCCAGGUGGCUGCUGCUGCGCCGCUACCGCCGCUUCCGGGACCUAUACCUCACCAUGCGGCGGCAGUAUGGACCUAAGGUGGCGUCAAUCCCGUUCCCGCCGCGCCAGCUGUGGUCAUCAGAAGCUGUGGCUCGGUCGCGGCGGCCGCAGCUGGAGGCGUUCCUGCGUCGGUUACUGACAGUGUGUUCUACUGACAAGCGUUGUCCGUUCCACGCAGCGCCUCUUACCAAGGACACACUGGUCAGCUUUUCGCCCUUCUUUAGGAAGGGCGUGUUCGAAUCGGGCAAGUGCGGCACAGGAUGAUACACGUCGGAGCUCGGCGCGGCGCGGGCGCUGGCGGAGGCCCUGGGCGGCCUGGUGAAGCACGCGGCGGCGGCUGCGCUGCUGGCGGUACAGGUGCUGCUUUUGCUGCUGCUGCUGCUGUACCUGUGCGCGGCCAGGAGGCGCAGGUAGGGGGAAGGGGGGAGCUAGGCUGUAGAGUUUUUUGUUUCUUUUUAAGGUUGUUCCGUUCGAGUGUUCCUAUUUUUGGUGUAUUUCUAUGCAACGCAACCAAUAUGGCGCGUUUACACAGAUCCUUACAAUCCCAAAUAGGACGCGGGAUGCGCAUCGUAUCGUGUAUCAGACGAGAGGUUGAUGUAAAUCUGAAAGUAACUUUGUCUCUGUGAGAUUAUCUGGAAGUGAAACUACUGAUCGUUUAAACUGUUGAGUAUUUUGCGCUUGAAGUCGUAAGACUGAAUGAUCUUCUAUUGUGUCUAGAAGUGUAGAUAUUACGAGGUUAAAGCCACGAGAAUCAAUCGUAUUUUACUCAAACAAAUCAUUUCCUCGACGAUCUGUGGUCAAUAAAGGAUCAACUCUUAAUCAUGCUUUGUGUGCAAAUUACUCUACAGCUUAAAAACUUCAGGAGUAUAAUAUAAUCAACAUAACGAACGAAUUAUAAAAACAGGGUUGACGUAGACCGAAGUUUUAAUGAUCCUUUGUCUUGGGAUGAUUCAUUCGUCAACUGUCAGAGUAGUAUUUGAGACAGAGAUGCGUUUUCGCGCGAAUUCGAUUCGUGCGUACGCAACAACGCAUCACAGCAUUGCGCAUGUAUCCCCGAAGGAAAUAACACAGGUGUAGUAGACACAUACCACCUUACAAAUAAAAAAUAAACAAAAGCAAAGUUCAGUCGAAUUGUAUGAUAAUUGAAUUCAACUUUGCUUGGCUGUCAGAUACUUAAACCCAUGUUCAUCUCUGGCGUGGGUGUACGGUCACGAGCAUUAAUAUGUAUACACUUUGGUACCAUGUCACAUUAACAUUUUUGACAAAUUGAACUGUAAGUCUCACUAAAUGUCAAAUAUGUGAGUGCGACAGAGUCCUAAAGUGGGUACAUUAUAUUGCUCAUGACUGUAUAUACAAUACACUUCUGCCGACUUCUUCCGGGGUGCAAGCGGGAUGCUCUGUUAUUUCUGUCCUGUCGUCAAAUGGAUCAUCCUAUAAACAUAGUCUAGCCCUUACGCCUAGAAGCACUCUCCCUAGUUAAAGUUCCCCCGUUAGCAGUAGUAGUCGAUAGAUGGCGCCGGGUGCCUUUCUAACAUUUGAGAUUGUCCUCGACUUUUGUUCUUUUUCGUUGUGUCUUGUACUCUGUGGCUGUUUUGAUGGAUGUUUGAGUUGGGGAUGUGUUGUGGGUUUAUUCGGUUUGGAUAUUUAUUAUAUCAAAAACUCGCGAUCACGAUUUGGGGGUCCGGGUUUGAUCUUCUAUCGUGUGGGUUGUGAGGUGGAUUACCAGGGUUACUCAUGGCUCAUGUGGCGGCUACGUACUUACAGCAGUAAAUAGUAACCGGCACCAACGGCUUAUGGUGCCUUCCGAACCACGAAUCGUCUUACUUUCAGGCAAUCAGGUGAUCAGCCUGUAAUGUCCUAACCAAACUAGGGAUCACAAAGUGAUUUUUGUGUUAUGUCCCCACCAGGAUUCGAAGCCAGGACCUCAAACCCGGCCUCCAUGGUCCAGUGGUUGAGCGUUGAGCCCACGAUCCGGAGGUCCCGGGUUUGAAUCCCGCUGGGGAAAUAUACUGCUUACUAAUGCUUACUAAUGUAAGUAAGUAAUCGUUACAUAAGCCAUGACAGGGGCAAUUGGCGGCUCAAUAGUAACCCUGACACCAGGGUUGUUGAGGUUGGUAAUUCACCUCACAACCCACACUAUAGAAGAAGAAGAAGAAUACAUAGAAGGCAAUAAAUAAUGAUUAUAAUAAUACCGAAAUGAAAAUGAUUGACUAAAAAUGAAUGGAAAUAUAAAUCACACGGUCAACUCCAAACUAACGAUUUUCGAAACACCUACACAGACAAGGCAGUACCUAUAUUUUUCGCAAUAAAAUUAUAUUUUGUUCACAUUUCGUUUCUGAUUGAAACUGUCAGUUUGUUAUCACAGGAUAUGACGUUAAUUAAGUAUUUGUUGUGAUUUUGUCUGUAUAUUUUGUGCAAUCGAUAGCUUAGCCUUAAGUCUUCCUUUAGCGCUAGAGUUCGAUGCAAUGUUAACCGUCUUUUGCGUAGCCACUUGAACUUUGUUACAACAUGGUUGCAUAAAGCUCAGACGCGCUCGGUAUUUUAUGUUAGUUAGGACUUUCUCGUUUUCAAUAUGUUUCACUGUUUUCUAAGAGAUACAAGGGUAUAAAUAUUUCGAUGGAAAUUCUCUCGAUUAACUGAAACGAUUCUUUAUUCAAAUUUUCCCGGCCCGGUUGGUCCCGGCUGCAUUAGCAGUCGUUAAUAACCAUCAAUCCGCACUGGGCCCGCGUGAUGGUUUAAGGCCCGAUCUCCCUAUCCAUCCAUAGGGAAGGCCCGUGCCCCAGCAGUGGGGACGUUAACGGGCCGAUGAUGAUGAUGAUUCAAAUUUUCUGGUACAAAUUGUUCUUUUAACGUAUUUUUUUCUUUCGAAACAACUUUUUAUUUUUUCUUCAAAUGUAAUUUAAAAGUGGACACGAUUUCUUUAAAAAGUAAACGAAGGUUGAACACAUUCAAUGUUUGACCGCCGAAAAAAGGUAAUUUCUUUUUAAUUCUUUAUCUGUUGACCUAUGUAUCUCUUAGAAAAUAAUCUGGGGGUCUAAAAAGGCGACAUCAAAAGCAAUAUUGCAAUUUGACAUUUGCGCAUGCGCAUGAAAGUAAGUGCGCGAUAUGAACAAAUGACAAAUAGCAAUAUUGCUUUUCAGGUGAAUUGCGUCGAUGUGGCCUUUUUGACCCCCUCUCCAGCACCCAAAGUGUGGUAUGCCCGUGGCGAGUUCCGUGUGUUAUGACGUUCUCUGCUCGACAGAGGUAGUUUGUAAGUAAAUGAAUGAAUUCUAUAAUUAAAAUAUAGCUUAGUGGCACUGAAGCUGCCUGGUAGAUGGAAGAAUAUGUUAUGUACCUAAUAUGACCAUGAUUUUUGUUUUUAUAGCACUCACUCGUGCGUUAGGGUAACUCGCAUAAGCACAGCAUAUAUACGUCCCACUGCUGGGCACAGGGCUCCCCUCAAUCAACCGUAGGGGCUACUGAGCAUACUCCACAACGCUGCUCAUCCCCUUAGGGAGUACGGGCGUCAGUUUAUGUAUGUACCAUGAAUGACCCAUUACUAGGUCAAUCAAAAAGAAAAAAUAAUUUAAAAAAAAAACAUUUAUUUUGUAUCCUGCCUGCUACAGGACAACAUAAACGUAGAUACACGUCCCACUGCUGGGCGCAGGGUUCCCAGCAGUGGGACGUCUCAAUCAACCGUCACGGGAUAUGGAUACGAAAAAUACUCUACCAUGCUACACUUGCGGCUAGCAUAACUCCCUAAGAGGGUGAGCAGAGCCACAAGGCGCGGUGCACCACCGGCGUGAUGGAGUAUGCUCCAUACCCCCUCCGGUUGAGGUAUUUAUUAUACUGAAAUAUGUGCAAUAUUUAUACUUAAUAAUAAAAAUAUUUUACCAUCUACGAUGCAGCUUCUUGUAUUAGGAUUAGUGUUAGCAUUUCUAAUGUGAUAUUAAACAUUGGUUCUCCACUAGGGCGAGUAUUUUUUGGAUCAAUCUUUGCGCUCCAAUUAUCGUUUUUCAAAAAUCACAGUCUGAUGUAAUUUUUUUCAACAAAACCACGAUUUCUUUCAAUUAAUUCCAUACAUAACAUAAAGAGCCUAUAUACCUCCCACUGCUGGGCACAGGCCUCCCCUCAAUCAACCGGAGGGGGUAUGGAGUAUGCGGGCUAAUAGGCUACUUGACAACCCAGUCAAAUGAGAUACGUUUUACGAAACGUCACGAGUUUUCUUUGGAUUUUGUAUGGAAAUACCGUCCUGUGACGUCAUCAAUAAAAGCGGUCAAACGUCGUACUCAUUGUUACUUAAUUCAUAAAUAAAAUUCGAAUAUAAGUCGAAAAGUAAAAUGAGAUUUAUUUUUGAACAUCUUGUACUGGCUUCUAUCUCUUGAUUAGCGUUUUAUAAUUUAUCUUUGACCCGGUCAGAUACCCAAUUUCAUUCCAAGGAAAUAUUGAGACUACAACUGGAUUGAAACGGGCUUGUCUAUUCAAUCAAUCAUCAUUUAUUUGCGGAAAAACAAAUAAUAAUUAUUAUUUAUUUAUUGCGAGGUUUUGUUAACAAAAAUGCGCACUGCUAACGAGUGGAAUUCUCUGCCGUCUUCUGUAUUUCCAAAUGCAUAUAACCUGGGUGCUUUCAAGGCCAGAGUGAACAGGCAGCUUCUGGGCGAGCUCCAUCUUAGGCCUCGUCUACGCCUUCAGCCAAGUCUGGGGCCAAGAGAAAACCCAUCAAAAUUAAAAACAAAAUCACAUCAGAAUUUGAUUUUUCAAAAAGAGGCUGAAAUUUCUUUCACUAUAAUGUGAAAUCGAUAAGUGUUUAGUAAUUUGGUUAAGGAUGAUUUCGAUUCUUAUAAAAUUCGCUCUAGUGUAGAACUAUUAAUUUUAUUUGUUUUGCAAUAUAGUUUGACGUCGUUCCGGUUUGUACAUUUAUUACUUAUUGUUAACGUUAGAUUUAUUUAUUAUUAUUAUUAGUGUAACUAAAAAAAACAUCAAUUUAAUAAUUUUCUGUCCAAAGAAUGAAUGGAUAUUUACUUACUCGAUUUAUUUACAAUGUUUAUUCUUUUCUUUACUUUUUUAAUUUUUCAAACGCCCGUUAUGCUCCAAAAUGUUACGCUUAGUAAUAUUUUUAAAUGGUAAUGUUGAAUAUGUAAUCGUUGGUGUUGCCAGUUAAUAAUUUUCCGGGCGAGCAAUGAUUUGUAAUUAAUUUAUAAUUCAUUUUUUUGUAUUAAUUUAUAAUAUUUCAAACAUGAUUUCUUUAUUAUAUGGAUCUAAUGUAUUAAAACCCCGUCAAUUUACAAUUUAGUGCUGAAAGUUAUAAUUAUAAAACCAAUAUUUUGCCAAGAUGGCGGAAUUAAUUGUAAUGAACUUUAUAACCCCAAUAAAUGGCGAUCGAGCAUUCCCUAUAAGAUAUACUGAUACUGGUAGGGCCUGUUAUUAUUAUAAAUCUUAAAUAUUUUUCCACUGAAUAUUUUUUUCUUAAUGGCAACACUUAUCAACAGUGCUCAUUGAUUGGAAGAGAUUUGUCAAUAAAGCCAAUUUAGACAUAUAAUUUAAUCAUUUUUAUGUUUAGAUUUUUCAAUUUAGAAUUCAUUUUGCGACAAAUAAGUAGUUGAAUAUUAACAUGUUUGAUAUGGUUGUGAUAAUAAUUACGUAUUAAUUGAAUUACUUUUUUGUGUUUAUGUUACGUAGUAUUUGACAGAUUAAGCUGCUCACUUACUUAACCCUUCAUUGCCUACGUGUUUUUCUGGACCAUACAUCAAUAUAAUUAGAUUCCACAAUGUACGUACUACAGUUCUAUUUUAGCACAAAAAUAGUUCUAGGUCUAAUUAUUUUUCUACCGCACUAAACAGGGUUAAAAUCAAGUUUGACAAGUUAUCGUAGAAUGUUCUUUGAUUUUGAGUAUUUUUCUUCAAAAUAAUCCGAAUUAAUAUUAUAAACGCGAAAGUGACUGUUUGUUACCGGAACUCAUCCCCUAAAGGGAUGAAAAGGGGAUGAAUAAAAAGAUCGCCACGCGGUCGCGUAAAAGCUAGUAAUUUAUUUUUCUAAACAUAAACAUAAAUAGCCUAUAUACGUAUUAUGUCAAAUCAUUCAACCGGAUGGAGCAUACUCCACCACGCUGCUCCACUGCGGAAGUUUUUUUUAUUUUGAAUUUAUUUCUUUAUAAUGAUAGAUAUUAAAACAGGCCUAAAAUGCCUAAUUUUUAAACUACCAAUAUCUCUAAAUAAAAAAGACCUCUGAAAAAUAUUGUUUCCAAGAAAGGACUAAGGCAUGGUAUCAUUGCAUUCUAUGAUAACUUGUACCAUAUAGGCCUCUUAUAUACCCAGAUGUGGCCUGUGUCCCACUGCUGGGCAAAGGUCAUACUAAUAAAUAAAUAUUUAGUUAAAUACUAUUCCUUUUCACGCUCGCGACGGUAUCGCUUCUGUGAGCUUUGUCUGAAAGCCAUUACGCAUGCGUACUAGAUCAUCGUGGGCUACUGCUAUCCGCCAAUCACGACGUUCGAAAUUAAGAAAGCGCUGUCUGAUUGGUUGAAAUUUUCGCUUCUGUUUGGAUGUAAUGUUUUUAAUUUGAGUUUUGGAAUAAUGGAUUUUACUUUAGUUAUAUUAGGAACUAAUGUUUGAUCGUAAGUGGGUUUAUAAUUUUACCCAACUACGAAAAAGAGAAGUUUAAAAAAAACUGAAAACUAUAGGUUAGGUCCUUGUCCAAUUAUUAGAUUCCCUUUUUUUUUCUUUUAAAAUAAAGGCUUGAACGCCUGUGUAGGAUGCCUUGUAGUUAGUUCUAUAUUUAAAAAAAUAAGAAAAAAAAAUUAGAUAGCACUGAAUAUUCGAAACAAGUAGCUAAAGAGUUUAUCCAUUGAUAUUAUAAAAUUCUCUAUACAUAUAUUUUUUCAACGGUACAUAUUGUAUUAUGAUAUAAAUGUAUGUAAAAAUAUUGUAAUAUUUUAUUUCCAAAGUAGGUUUAGUACAUUUGUACAUUUGCACAUAAAAGACAUGUGUGUGUAAUUUAUUUAGUACAAAUUAUUGCACUUUAAGUUUUCCUAUCAUUAACAAUGAGAGGCUUUCCAGGUUACCCAAAAAAAUAUAGAUGGCGCUGGGAAGAGUUGCCUUCGUUUAACCUUUUAAUUCCAUGGAUAACAGACAUUUGCAUAUUUUAUCUUUGUUUUUGGGUAUAAAUGAUGACCCUUGUUAUUACACCCAGGCACAACACAUCUUCCACCCAUUAUUAUUCUGAUCAAAAUAAAGAGAAACAAUGGUGCUAAUUCCUGUAAACACCAUCUAAUUUUAUUUUAAGUUAUAUCUGUCAUUUUCUUAUCCGCCGAAAAGGAAAGGGACGGGUAAUCGACAAGCAUAUAAUUUAUGGAACACACGUCAAUUUUAAGCACAAAUCUAAAACAACCGUUUAAAAAUUUUACAUUGGCUAAUAACCCGACAGAAUCACGUCAAACGGUUUUCAUACCAGCGAGAUACCUUUUUGAUUUGCCCGGGUUAUUCAUUCACUUACUCAUUCUUCCUAAAAUUAAGAGCUGUCAAUCAUCCGACCCUUUCCUUUUCGGCGGAUAAGAAAAUGACAGGUAAACUUAAAGUAAAAUUAGGAGGUGUCUGCAGGAAUCGGGACCAAUAUAGGUAGCAACAUAAUUCUAUCCUCUGCCAUUGCAUUAUAUUUUUGUAAAAUUAUGUGCCCGAGUAAUGAGAAAAUAGGUAAUUAUUACGUUAAAUCUGUACGGUCACGAACAUUAAUAUGUAUAUACACUUUGGUACCAUGUCACAUUAACUUUUUUGACAAAUUGAACUGUAAGUCUCACUAAAUGACAAAUAUGUUAGUGCGACAGAGUCCUAAAGUGGGUACAUUAUAUUGCUCAUGACUGUAUAACGCCAGAGCAUUAAUAUGUAUACACUUUGGUACCAUGUCACAUUAACUUUUUUGACAAAUUGAACUGUAAGUCUUACUAAAUGACAAAUAUGUUAGUGCGACAGAGUCCUAAAGUGGGUACAUUAUAUGGCAGUACAACGCCAUCUAUUUUUUUCGAAACGUAGCUUGGAAAGUCCCUUAUUAAUAAGACAAUAUAGUAGUAAAAUGUAUGACAGUAAGGCCGAACGCUAACUCGAGCGAGUCAAACCAACUUAUGCUGGACAGUUGUGCAAACUUGUUAAUCGCCCAGUGUAAGUUGAUCCGUCCUGUGCGAGUUUAGCAUCCGAUAUGAACAGUGUUUUGAAUAUAUAUUCGUAUAAAAAAAUCAAUUAGCAUAUAUUUAACCACCAAUUCUUCAUCUAGCAUUAAGAAUAUUACAAUGAAUGAGUGUAAAAAUAUGACAUUAUUUAUUAUAAAAUAAUAGGAGAUGAAUUUAUUGUAAUUUAAAUUUAAAAUGGUUGAUUCCUGAUUACAUCUAGUUUUAUUUUGAGUUAUACCUGUCAUUUUCUUAUCCACGCAAAGCGAAAGGAACGGAUGAUUGAUUUGAAUGAGUGAAUGGACAACCCGGGUGAAUCAAAUAGGCAUGUCGCUGAUAUGAAACCCGUUUGACGUGUGCUGUCAACUUAAUUCUGUCGGGUUAUUGGCCUAUGCAAAAAUUUUCAGAGGGUUCUAUGUGCCUAAAAUUUAGGUGUUCCAUAAGUUUUAUGCCUUUGAUUACCCGUCCCUUUCCUUUUCGGCGGAUAAGAAAAUGACAGGUAUAACUUAAAAUGAAAUUAGAUGGUGUGCUCUGAAAUCAGCACCAAUGUCCAUUCAAAUGUGUUUAAUAAAUAUUGUAUCAAUGGCCUUUUUCACUGUUCGAAAGCUCUCGUUACCAGGGUUUCAGAAAUGCUCUAAAAAUGUACGAGUAACAGUACAACGAUUGUAAAUAAAAAAUAAAAUAAAUAAAAAUUGUUAUCUACAUCUAUUGGCCUAUUCGGGCACACGCAAACAUAACCUAAUUUCAGUUUGGCAGCUAUUACAUAGUCUGUCCUUCACUUACAAUACGCGCUAGAAAGAGACGCAGCUAGUAUUUCCUGUCAAAAUAAGUAAAAAUUAAGUGGGUGGUUGCUCGACUCGAUACCAUUCUAGACGUCUUUACGGGAAAUAGACGUAAGUCUAUGUGCGAAGUUUUGUUUAAAAUUAAUGCUUGAUAAGACAUUAAUUACUUUUGGCAGUUCACUGGCACAUCUCACGUUAAAACCUCACAAAACUAGGACAUAAUUAGCCACUUGACAGUUGUAACAAAAUAUGAAAUAUAUCAUCCAAUAUUUUUUUAUUAAGAUUUUAUUUUACAAAAUAAGAAUGGGUUUUUUAUCUGUGCAUUACAAGACCCGAAACACGGGCGGCCAUGAUUGAUCUUCGUGUGACGUCACAUUUCAUAAAAUAAUCAAAAACUAUCCGUCAGGUUUCAAGUUACGUUUGACAGUUUCUUUGUUGAAAUGUGACGUCACUAGGCGAAAUGUCACGUGACCGAGCGUUUUCGCGCGAAAUUUCAAAUAAUUGAAAAAUAAUAUUUUUUUUCUAUUAUUUUAUAAAGCUUUUUCGAGAAAAUAUAUUUUUUAAGAGGUAUAAAAUAAUCGUUUGUAAUUUUUAAAAUACUUAUCUGAGAACUGUCAAGUAGCUAAUUGUUGCGCCGACUCUUUUCAACAUUAAGAUAUGCUUUUAGUAUACUUUAAUCAUAUCCUAAAAGUUAAGUCUCUGUGGUCCUGGGUCGCUUGUUUCCCGAACGGGGACCAGUUCGACCCCCGAACUUUCACUUUCACUAACACAGUUGGCUGUGGCCCGAGCACUAGAUACGGCACAGCUCACUGACUAUCGCGUUGGUCUAACCGAAAGCUCAGUAAGACAUGGACACUCUGUUCAUCUUGCAUCUGACUGGCCCAAUUGGGAAUGCAGAGUAUUAGUAAUAUCGUAACGAAUACCGAAGGGGAUCAUUCAGCUCAUCAUUCUUAAUAUCAAGCAGAAUUUCCUGUCGGAAAAUUCAUGACAAUUUUAGUGUUUUUUUUUAAUAUUUUACUUUUAUCAUCCCCCUCAAUAUUCGUUACGAUGUCACUUACACUCCAUACAAGUACUUUCAUGUACCUAUACAAGUACGUAUGGGUGUUAGUGACACCGUAACGAAUACUGAGGAGGGUGAUUCACAGCAUGAUUCUGAGUUAAUAUCAAGCUGAUUCAUGAAAAUUUUUGUGGUUUUUUUUUUAUUAUUUUCAGUUCCAUACUUUUGCGACAAUUCCACUUGAUAUCAACUCAGAAUCAUGGUCUGAAUCAUCCCUCUAUUUCGUUACGAUGUCACUAAUACCCUGUAUAGUUGAUAGCUUAUGUCUUAUAUCCCAAAAUGUAUAUGUGUUCUUAAAGAAUAUUUUACUUCCUGUAGAUGAAGACUGGUGAAAAAGGCAACUUAAGAUGUUAACAUAAGUUGUAUAAUGUGAUGAAAUGUAUAAAUAUCUUGUUAUGAGUCUUUAGAUAUGUCGGUUUGUUCUCAUUUCCCUUUUAGACCUACGAAUAUUAAAAAGAAACUAGUGGUGUUAAUUUGUUGAAAAAUGAAAUAGUUACAGCCAUUACGAGGAGCUCGGUGGCGCAGCGGUAAACGCGCUCGGUCUGCGAUUGUUGAAGUUAAGCAACUUUCGUAAAGGCCGGUCAUAGGAUGGGACGCGUAACCAUGACAACGCAAACCCGCAAACGCCAUCAGGGGAGUUAUAAUGGCCACAUCGAAGCAAUUUGACAUCUGCUUGUAUUGCGCACUUACUUUUAUAUGCGCAAAUGUCAAAUUGCUUUCUUAGAUGAAUUGCUUCGAUGUGGCCAUUUUAACCCCCCUGAGCGGAGGGCAGCCAUUUUUGUUCGACAUAUAGGUACGCCGCGGAUUAUACUAACAUAACAGUUCCAAAUUUGAUAUGAAACUAUGGUGCCACUAGCAAUCUUUUUAUUAUCUGUAGGUUUUAUUAUAAAUCCUAGAAUAUUGAGACUUUUGCGUGUGUGGUGUGUGAUAUUCUAAUGUUUAACCCCUGCUGCCUUAAACAUCACAAUUAUUGUACCUUGGUAGUUUUUACUAUUGCCUAUAGAGGAGCGGAUACAGCUUUUAUAUCGUUGGGGGAGGUGUCACCUGUUGCCCAGGGGGUCAAUGACCCCCCCUACCCCACUGAAUCCGCCUAUGCUAUAGUCGACUUUAGCUUGGCAUAUUCUUGUAACGGACUUAAUAGCGUCAUACACAAUGUUGUAAGUGCGUUUAUUCCCGUCUUCAGCAGGCCUAGCACGCUAUGCAAGCGCGACGCGACGCGAGAUAAAAUGAGGUCUUUGAUACGCGCGACUUCCGGGACGUCCGCGAUUUUUCAAGAUGUCGGACUCCAAAGGAAAUGAUUGACUGAGAUUUUUUCAACAUCAUGUGUGUGAGAUUGUGUGACAAACUUGUUAUAUUCAAUUCGCGAGGAAGUCCAUGCUAUAGAAUAAGGAAUAAUACUACGUAUAGAACGGCAACUCUCCGCUCCCCACCAGCGUCUGAGCUAGGUUUACCUCACCCCCCUAGAACAUAGUUUAACCUUGACUCGUAAGGUGUCAGACGUCACACACACAGAUGCGCGUGUACGAUAACGUCAAUGUGUGGUGUCUGUGUAAAACGAAGUUGUUUGUAUGAAGUGUCCGAGGUCUGUCGAUGCGUGAACGAGGAACCUUAAAUCGCCUGUCAAAUUUGACAACUCGCGCUUUGACAUUUACUCGCGCAGUGAGCGUGCUAGGCCUGCAGGAGUUGUAAAGUAUGUCGUGCUAAGUUGUCUAUAACAAUUUAUAAAGGGAAAUGAAUGAACCAACGUAAAUAAUUUGUUAUGGAUUCAAAUGGAUAUUUUAGCAGACUAUUAUCAAAUUUGAGAGAACUAAUAAGUGUUAACCAGCAUAAUGUAACAAAUAAAUAGUUUUGUUAAGGAGAACAAUAAAAUGCGAAAUGUUUUACAAAUC